AUGUCCGUCUUCUCAGUCGACCCGAAGGAGGGUAGCCCAGUGACUACAGAAGCUCUGAACGAGAUCUGUAAAGUCUUCGGCAUUAAGUUGAAAGAUGAAGAGAAAGAAGACUAUCGCAGGCUCCUCGCCGUGUUCGAUGAGAGCGCACAGGAACUGAUGGCUAUGCCGGACUACGUGCCCGAAGUAGACCUGCAACGAUUUCCGAGAAACGAUGUGCAUGAGGUUCCAAAAGAUCAAAACACCCACGGAGCCUGGGCGUGGCGAUGCAGCAUCAAGGACUCGCAGCCCAACAGUGGGCCUUUAGCGGGCAAGACUGUGGUAUUGAAGGACAUGAUAAGCGUUAAGGACGUCCCUAUGUUGAUGGGAACAGAGUUCGUCAGUGGGUACACGCCGAACAUGGACGCCACCGUUGUCACGAGGAUACUGGAGGCAGGCGGUCACGUCCUAGGCAAAGCAGUCUGCGAGAAUCUCUGCCAUUCUGGAACAUCUCACUCUGCGCCAACAGGAGUGGUAGAUAACCCGCAUUGCAAAGGGUACAGUGCUGGAGGCAGCUCAAGUGGUAGUGGCUGCCUAGUAGCUUUGGGAGAGGCACAUAUGUCAAUUGGUGCAGAUCAGGGAGGCAGUGUCCGGAUACCAGCGACAAACUGCGGCAUCGUUGGCUUCAAGACGACUUUUGGGCUAAUACCGUAUACUGGGUGCGGGAGCAACGAGCCAACCAACGACCAUCUUGGCCCUAUGACACGGAGUGUGCUUGACAAUGCACUGCUUCUGCAAAGCAUAGCCGGCAACGACAACAUUGAUGACAGAAGUUUUCCAGCGCCGGUGCCCGCCAACUUGCCCCAAUAUUACAACAACCUUAAGAACAGCAAGACCCCACAGGACCUCUCUGGCCUGAAAGUAGGAAUUAUCAAGGAAGCCCUCGAGACCCCUGUCCUUGACGAGCGAGUAAGGCAGCUCUUCCAACAAGCAGUUACAGACCUCGAAAAGGCCGGCGCAACAGUCUCAGAAGUCAGCAUACCGAUCCACAAGAAAGGGCCCACAAUCUGGACAGCCGUGUCCAAGACCGGUGGCUACCUCACCAAACUCUACGGUGCUCCCGGCCACCGCACCCACAACAUGCACCAGCUCAACAGCCUCUUUCUCGAAGCAUUGCACUCGCAGUCGAGCUGGGAUAAAUCUUAUUCGGCGAGCAAAAACAUAUACCUCAACGGCGUGUGGGCGGAGCAAAGACAUCCUGCCCUACUGGCCAAAGCAACCAACCUCUCUCGUCAGCUGCGCGACGCUUACGAUGCUGCUCUGAAACAGUACGAUCUGCUCAUCACGCCUACGCUACCGUACGUUGCCACCAGCCAUGCUGACCCGGGAGCGGCGCCGCUGGAGCAGAUCAAAAAGCAGGUCGGCCUUACGUCGAAUACGUGUCAGUUCAACCAGACGGGACAUCCAGCUUUGACGCUUCCAAUUGGGAGGCUCACGCCGAAGGAAGGGCCGGCGGCUGGGGAUUCGAAUGUGAAGUUGCCGGUUGGACUGCAGAUUGUUGGGAAGUGGUGGGAUGAGGAGACUAUAUAUCGUUGUGCGUACGCUUGGGAGCUUGAGCAUGACUGGAAAGAGAGGACGGAAGGGUAG